AUGAGUGUCUCUUCUUCAUCCAGCCGUGCGCCAUCCCGCGGGUCUGGCCCAGGUGCGAUGAAGCAGAAACCAAACACCGCCAACAAUGCGGAAGGGAAUAUAUCUGUGUCGCCGGACGGAGAUGACGAAUUCGAUGACCAUAGACCUCUCUCCCAGUCAGGAACGCGCUGGACUCGCUUUUUCCCCGAACUUUCAUCCCAUUUCUCACUUGUGUCGCCUGUGAGCUCGCGCCAUCAGUCUACCAGCUCUUACGGGACGAUAGCCAUCAGCCAAUAUAGUCGGCAUAGUCGCCAAAGUUCUCACGACUUGGGAGAUAUUUCUGAGCCAAAGACAGGAUCAUCGUCGCAAUGCUCCACCGAGCUGGUCGAUGACGCAUCUUCGUGCUACAGUCGCAGAUCAUCUGUUACCAGUCUCGGUUCCGAGUUCUCCCCGUCUGCAUACAAGUCUGCAGGCGCUUACUCCAUAACCUCCCCCGCCAUGGCCGGCGUGUUCGACGAUUCAGAAUCCCUGUACCGGUCCGGGUCGACCCGAUCCAGGGCAUCCAGAAGGUCUAGAAAAUCUAUAAAACGCACACCAUCCGCAAGGAACAAGCCUCUCCCAUGCCCACCCCCGAUCCAAAUGAAGCCCUUGUCGAUCCGGCACAAGCACAGAUACCCGCGCCAACACGAACCAACAAUUUGCGAGGAUACCCUGGACGAAGGCUGCGAAUCAUCAUUGACGGUGAACUUGCGGCCGCAGUCGCAGUUACACAAACAGCGCCGCCAUCACCCGACCCUCUCGCAGGCCGCAGAGGACCUCGAAGACGCACUCGCCGGUCUUGUGGAACGCAACUACAAGGAGGAGACGGGGAUUUAUUCGCCAUACGUAUCCUCACCAGUGGCAACGACGGCGACAACGUCAAUGCCACGUCUCGAUACCCCGCUGCAGGUGAGCAGAGGUAAUAUGGACAUGAUUGCCACCCGUCCAGCACCGUCUCCGCCGACAGGCCACCGCAAGAGCGGCAGCAGUGGCAGCAGUAGUAGCAGUAGCAGCAGCAAGAAAUCACUAAAGAAGGGUUUGCUCCCGGCGCAAACAGAAGAAACCAUGAAACACGCCAAGAAGCCCCACAAGGACAAAGGCCGGGGUCCGUUUUCUUUCAACAUGUCACUGCCCAGCUUCGGCGCACUGAAGGCUAAGGCCGUAAAGAACCGGGAUGAUGGUCAUUUCCGAUCUCAUCGAAGGUCGAUGAGUGGCUCCGGACUUCUGCAGCGAGCGGCCCGACAGGAAGUACGCCCAUCAACGGCAUCAACUCCAGAGGAAGCAGAAAACAAAAAUGAAGCGGUUGGGUCGGCGCAGCUGCUCAGUGUGCCCGUGCGUGCCCAGCGAUCUGCGUCCGUCAGCAGCGAGCGAGAGCUGCGGUUGAAGUUGCCCCGCCUGCAAACAAAGGAAGUGCAGCCAUCGGGCAUGCUGUGUCAAGCACAGCCCUCAACAAAAUCUGCCAUUAAUAUCUCAGCUGCAGAUGAAGCUCUGCAGGAAAAGGAAAUAGUCCCACAGCCCCAGUCGAGAAGGAGAAGCAACACACUCUCGCUCAACUCCCAAGGCACGAUGCCCAACAACCAACCCACUGGGACUGGGACAUCAGUGCCGAUCGGACAGUACGAGAUGCCUACUUCGACAACUACUUUUAAUUCGAACGCGGAACCGGUAUACGAACUCGACGCUGGUCUUCCCGAACAGCAAAUCAAGUCGCCUGUUGCGCCUUCACCAUUCGUGCCCUCGGGCCAGAUGCCCGGGAUCUUGCCCGAUGAGAUCGUCGAGUUGAUUCUGCGACGAUGUAACCAGCUGCAGGACCUCUUCAACUUCGCCGUCAUGAACCGGCAAUUCUAUCGAGUCUUCAAGCAACGUGAGCUCGACCUCAUUCAAAAUACUGUUUACGCAAUGUCGCCGCCCGCCUGGGAACUGCGUGAAAUGAGCCCGCCCUGGGACUCCGAGUGGCAGGUUCUCUUCGACCUUGAUGCUCCUGUUCCCGAGUACACACAGUCGCUAUACCUCGACCGCUACACCCGCGACCUGUACACUCUUGUCAAGCUCAAGUCGCUCAUCCUUGCGCGCUGCAGCACGUUCCUCCGCCCCGAGACAAUCCGCGGUCUAGCGGGCCAGGAUGAUACGCGCGCAGCUGAGAUCGACGAUGCAUUCUGGCGGGUCUGGACAUUUUGCCGGAUAUUUGGGUGUGGUAAGGGCCGCGAGGGCGAUAUUGUCGGACAGCUGGAUUGGUUGAACGGCGGCAUUAUGGCGAAGAACCAACAACGCUCUAUGGCAAUGUCGAUUAGUGAGCCGUUUGGGAUUAACGACGUUUUGUUUCAGCCGCCUGAGGGAUUUGGAUUGGGGAAUAAGGGUGGACUGUCGCAGGGCCAGCUUUAUGAUAUGACGGAGAUCUGGACCUGUCUGGGAGUCCUGCUCCAGCCGAUUCACAGCAAGUGUGAAGAGGCAAGGAAGGCGGGUGUAUUUGACGGGCAUGAUGUGGCGAACAAGGAUUCUGUCAAGGAGGAGGCAACGCUAGAAGAAUGGACAUCGUACGUCCUCACCCUUGGCCCCUCCGCUGUCCUCGCCCUGGCCUCCAUCGCAACCGUCGACAACGCCGAUGAGAUCUUCCAACGAGCUCAAUCGCUUGGGUUAACGAAAUGGGAGGAAGCCGAUGCAAGCCGUUCCAGCUUCUUUCGAGAUGCCGUCUCGAAGGCAUACAGACCUCAAACGUCGGCCCGCAGGUUGCAUCCUCUCCACCAAACCGGAUCAAACUCGUCCAGAUCAUCAGCCGAAAGCAACUCCUCCCCGUCAGAUAAUCUUCUUACCAGUGACCCUCAGCGACGCAGACAAGCCGCCUACGCUGUCCAACUCCGCAACCGUCGCAAUCAGAACGGGGACCGUCCCAACCCCGGUGUCGAAGAGCGCCCGAUCUCCAGCUAUGUCGAAAUCAUGAACCGCUUGGCGGGUGCUCCCCCACACCCUCUCUACCAACAAAUCCCACCCCUUCCAACCUCCACUCCAACCCCAGAAUACAACCCAUCACCUCAGCCUCGAGCCGCAUCACCACCCCAACACCGAGUCCCGACAGCAGGAACACCCAACACCCAAGUCCCCCAGGCCCGCGCACCGCGCGCAGCCGUCUCGCUCCUCCAGCCUCAAGUCCUCGACCCAACCGACCAAGCCAUGGACAUGAUUGUCAACGAACUAGGCUUUAGCGCAGAAGACGCAAAAUGGGCGCUCAAAAUCACAGACACGGGCGAAGGGAUCAACGUGAAUGCCGCGGUCUCACUGCUCAUACAGGAGUAUAACCGGCCGAGUCUGGUACCCAGUGCGCGUUCGUCCGCGGAUGCCUCCAGCUAUGGGCAUGUGUAUUCGCCCCCUUUGUCUGUUUAUCAGGGGCAACACUGCAAUAGUAUCUUGUCGUCUGUUAUGCAGAGACCAGAUGCGGCUGCUUCGGGCUGGAGGUGGGCUUGA